UGAGCGAGCCCUAAUACUUCCAGAAGCUCCUCUUCUUCGCCGUGCCGAACACUCGAAUCGCAUCGCAUCGCACCACAAACCCUCCCCCCCGACCAGAAAGCCAAGAAAGAAACCUUUCUUCGUCGGUCUCUCUCUCUCUCUGCCCAUGGACUUCUCGGAGCAGGACGUCGAAAUCUUCGGCGAGGACUACGACGACGCCGAGGCCGACGGCGGCGGCGGCGGCGGUGCCUCGUCCGGCUCCUCCUCCCCGUCCUCAUCCUCCUCGUCGUCCGCCGCCGGGUCCUCCUCCUCCUCCAGCGGCGCCUCCAGCAGCAGCGGCGGGGGCGGGGGUGGGGGCGAGGACGAGGACGGGGUCGACCAGGGGGACGCCAGGGGGUACGACGACGACCCGUUCGACGGCGCGCCCGCGAGGGCCGCCGGUGGGUACGGUGACGAGGAGAGGGGCGAGGGUGAUGCGGAGGAGGAGGAGGAGGAGGAGGAGAGGGAUUUGUUCGGCUCUGACAACGAGGAUUACGUCAAGACCCCCGCGCGUAGCAACUACCUAGUCCCAGUGCUACCCUCAAUACGGAACACCAACAAUCAUUCUCGGGGAGGAUAUGGGGGGCGGAAUGGCAGAGGUCCACCUCUUCUUCCAAGGCCAGGAGGCCAUCCAGGACGGCAUAACUUUGGAUAUGGUGGGAGGUUUUCGCAUGGAAAUGGGCGUAAUGUUGAAGGUUUUGUUUCAGAAAUGAAGCUUAAUAAGAGUGAAGAAACUUUAUCUAGGAAGUUUGUUGCUUUUCAGGAGCCUUCUGAGAUUGCAUGCUACAGCCGUAUUGAGGGUGGGGAUGUAUAUUUUGAUGACCGCAGCUUGAGGCUCUUCAAACGUAACAUUUGCGACUAUGUUGGUGAAAAUCUCAAUAAAGGAUUUGAAUCUUUUAUAGAGAAAAGAGAUUUGGGUUCAGAAGGAUUUGGUGAUCUUCUUGCAUGCAUAAGAAAUUCAACUGUACCUCUUCAGAACAUACAUUUUGUGACAUACCGCAACAAUCUUAACAAGAUAUUGGCCACGGCUUAUCUAAGAGAACCAUGGAAGAUGGGUGUGCACAAAAGAAAUGGUGUUGUAUACCUGGACGUCCAUAAGCUCCCCGAAAGACCACAAAGUGAGGUUGAACGCCGGAGAUGUUAUUGGGGAUAUUCUUUUGAAAAUCUUGCAACUGAGAAUUCCAUUGAUGAGGAUGGAAGAGGUAUUGAUGCAAAUGUAGAGUUCUGUGCUGUAAUAAAAACGAAAUUGGGUGCACAUCGUAUUAUCAUGGGUGCUGAGAUGGACUGCUGUGACGCAACUGAUGAUGGUAGGCGGUUCUACGUGGAGUUGAAAACAAGCAGAGAGCUGGAGUACCAUACAGUGGAAAAAUUUGAGAAAGAGAAGUUGCUUCGAUUCUGGAUUCAAUCAUUUAUUGCUGGUGUUCCAUAUGUUGUUGUUGGAUUCAGGAAUGAUGCUGGUGUACUUAUACGGACUGAGAGACUAAGAACCAAAGAAAUAACACAAAAGGUGAAAGCGAAGAACUACUGGCAGGGAGGUGUUUGCUUGGCCUUCGCUGAUGAGGUCUUAUGCUGGUUGUAUGGCACUGUUAGAGAAAACGAGGACUACAUCCUGCAAUUUGUACAUCCAUUCAAUCGCUUGGAACUUCUACGUGCCCAGUCUCCCUGUCCUGAUGCCAUCACUCAUCAUGUGGAGCAGCUCUCUGGUACAGCAGGCUAGGUUAAUUCGUACACACAACUUCGGCAAGUAAAAGGGCUGUUUGAGGUAGAUCCGUGUUGAAGGAUUCUAUUCUAGGGGUGCUGACUCUUAAACAAAACUUCGGCAAUUAUAUAAUGGUUGAGCUGACGACUUACCCAGCCAAGCAACAUAGGCCGACGACUAAAUGGUUUGCUCUUUGAACUGCCAAAGAGAUUUUGAAAUUGUCAAAACCUUGUGUUUCUCCAGUAACAUUAAGUUAUAAAUUAGGGAAAUGGAGAGCUAUGCGGCAAUGCUACUACUGGGUCAUGCCACCGAGGCACCAAUGAUGUAACUCUCUACCAGAUACCAGUACCAAGGGAAAUGAUAUGAAUUCUAGAGAG